UUCAAUUGUUCACUUACACUUGCAAACGGUAUCGUUUGAUCGAAGGGUUCCCCACUUCCCAGUCCCACGCUGCCCAUUCGAAGUGAAGGGGACAGAGAAGACGAAGGAUGGAGGAGAAGAGCAGGGUCCUGAUAAUAGGAGCAACGGGAAGAUUAGGUUGCCAUUUAGCCAAAUUUAGUCUCCAACAUGGUCACCCCACUUUUAUUCUUAUCAGAGACUCCUCUUUAACUGAUCCAAACAAAGUUCAAAAACUCAACUUUCUUCUAACUGCUGGUGCUAUUCCCCUCAAGGGUUCACUUGAAGAUGAGAAGAGUCUCGUGGAAGCAGUGAAGCGAAUGGAUGUAGUUAUCUGUUCAAUCCCAUCAAAACAGGCUCUUGACCAGAAACUACUCAUCCAGGUUAUUAAAGAAUCUGGGUGCAUUAAGAAGUUCAUUCCAUCCGAAUUCGGUGUAGAUCCUGACAAAAUUCAGAUAUCUGACCUGGACCAUCAAUUCUAUUCUCGAAAAGCUGAGGUUAGGCGCCUUGUAGAAGCUGAAGGCAUUCCUUAUACUUACAUUUGCUGCAACCUUUUGAUGAGUUAUUUACUUCCAUGGCUAGCUCAACCUGGCUUAAAGGUUCCCCCAAAGGACAAGGUCACUAUUUUUGGAGAUGGAAAUGCUAAAGCUGUCUUCGUGAAGGAUAUUGAUGUUGCUGCUUUCACCAUCAGUGCCAUAGACGAUCCCAGAACACUUAAUAAGACUUUGUAUCUGAGACCCCCUGGAAAUGUAUACUCCAUGAAUGAGCUGGUAGCUAUUUGGGAGAAUAAAAUUGCUAAGAAACUUGAGAAGAUUUAUGUGCCCGAAGAGGAGCUUCUUAAAAAAAUCAAAGAGACUCCUUACCCAGACAACAUGGAGAUGAUAUUCAUAUAUUCUGCCUUUGUAAAGGGAGAUCAUACGUACUUCAAUAUCGAGGCUGCUGGAGUUGAUGGUACACAACUGUACCCACACUUGAAAUACACUACAGUCAGCGAGCAUUUAGACACUCUACUGUGAGAAUUAUGACUUGUACGCCACACUUUUUAUAUGGUGAAUAGAUUCAGAAGGGUUGGAGCUUUUGAUUUCUAGAGAAGAAGAAAGGCAAUGUCAAGGAAUUUCUGGCAAAUUUUUCGGUACUAUUAUGUAACAAAACCUGUCAUCAAUUUGGUUGAGAUUAUCGAAGAUGUUUAAACUGUCCUUUUGAGUUCUGAUCAAAAGGGACUAGAGCUGGAAAAACUCUUGGGAGUUUUCUUUAUCUUGAA